AUGGGCCGUCUUCACAGCAAGGGCAAGGGCAUUUCCGCCUCCGCGCUCCCCUACUCGCGCUCCGCGCCGGCGUGGUUGAAGACCACCCCCGAGCAGGUCGUCGAGCAGAUCUCCAAGCUCGCCAGAAAGGGUGCCACUCCUUCGCAGAUUGGCGUCAUCCUGCGCGACUCCCACGGCGUUGCCCAGGUCAAGAUUGUUACCGGCAACCGCAUCCUCCGAAUCCUCAAGUCCAACGGCCUUGCUCCCGAGCUCCCUGAGGAUCUGUACAUGUUGAUCAAGAAGGCCGUCGCUGUCCGCAAGCACCUCGAGCGCAACCGCAAGGACAAGGACUCCAAGUUCCGCCUCAUUCUUAUCGAGUCGCGUAUCCACCGUCUCGCCCGCUACUACAAGACCGUCGGCGUCCUGCCCCCUACCUGGAAGUACGAGUCGGCCACCGCCAGCACCAUUGUCGCAUAA